AUGGCAACACUGACAAGAAUAACAAUAAAUAGACAGAAUGGACUGAAAUCAUCAUCAGGAAUACAAAGACAUGAAAGUUUUAAAUUAACAACAACUACAUCACCAACAUCUUCAUCAACUAUAUCUAAUAAUAAUGAACACCACGAAAAACAAAAUGAACAGGAGGACGGUAUACUACAAGAUCAACUCAAUAAGGAUCAAGAAUAUCAUGACUCCUUCUUAGCAAAAGUUGAAAGAAAUCAAAUACCAUUAAGUAGAAAUCUUAUGAUUUUACUUUAUUCAUUAAAUUUCAUAAGUAGAAAUCAAUCAAUAAUAAAUUUCACAAAUAAAUUUAUACAUUUACAAAAUAAAGUUGGAAUAAAUGAACAAGGUAUAGACAUAUAUGAUAUUAGUAUAGAUGAUACUUAUUAUGUAAUAAAUUGGGUUAUUACAGUAACAUUUUUAAGAUCAUUUUUAAUGAAAUAUUGUUUUGAACCAUUUGCUUCAAAAUUUUGUCAUAUUUAUUCAAGAAAAGCCAAAACAAGAUUUGCAGAACAAAGUUGGUCAUUUGUUUAUUAUAGUUUAUCAUUUAUUUAUGGUGUUUAUUUAUAUUUAGAUACUCCAUAUUUUAAUAAUUUAGAUCAAAUUUAUAUUAAUUGGCCAAAUUUUUUAAUGGAUGGGAAAUUUAAAAGUUAUUAUUUAGUUUCAAUGGCUUUUUGGUUACAACAAAUAUUUGUUUUAAAUAUUGAAAAACCAAGAAAAGAUCAUUAUCAAAUGUUUAGUCAUCAUAUUAUUACAUGUUUAUUAAUUAUUGGUUCUUAUUAUUAUUAUUAUUUUAGAAUUGGUCAUUUAAUUUUAAUGAUUAUGGAUUCAGUUGAUAUAUUUUUAGCUGCAGCAAAAAUGUUAAAAUAUGCUGGUUUAAAAAAUGCUUGUGAUGGAAUGUUUGUUUUAUUUUUAAUAAGUUGGAUUGUUUUAAGACAUGGAGUUUAUAAUUAUAUUUUUUAUCAUGCAUGGCAUAAAUCUGUACAUUUAAUGAAAGAUGGACAAUGUGUUAAUGGUACAAUACAAAAGAGAUGUUGGACACCAACAAUUAUUAAUACCUUUUUAGGUUUAUUAGGAGGUUUACAAAUUAUUACUUGUAUUUGGAUGUAUUUAAUUUUAAAAGUUGCUUAUAAAGUUAUAAUAGGAGUAGGAGCAGAAGAUGUAAGAAGUGAUGAAGAUGAUACAGAUGUUGAAGAGAAUGAAGAAGAGGAGGUGGUUGUUGAGAAGAAGGAAAAAAUAAUAGACGAUAAUACCAGUAUAGGAUAA